GUCGGUAGAAUCCAGGUUGCAACUACAGUAGACUGUUUUUCCGUGGAAAAGUGAAACUACUGAGACAACUUUUAGUUCAGACAGAACCACUCAGACGGCGUGAAGGUAAAUAUAUAUUUAUCUUGUAUGCAUUACAAUUUAGGCUAAUCAAAUCAUUGUGAAUACAUUUAAAAGAGAAAACGUUAACUUUGAUCACUGUGUGGGCAAUACACGCUUUAAGCUGUAACGUUCACAGGAGGUCGAUUACAGAAAUCUUGCCAGGAAUCCUCCAUAGGCUACAUUUCAUUUUGUGUGGCUCGGCCGAGCAAACAUGGAAUGUAACAGUAUAGCUUUCUCUACAGCACAACACACACGCAACCAAUUGCAUACCGACACUAGAUGAACUGCAUAGGCUACAAUCAAUCGGCCACUAACAGGCUUAAUGUAGCAGAUGAAUGUCAUUUACACAUGCGUUUAUCAAAUGUUUUUUUAUGAUGUAAUAUCUGUAGUACUCUACAUUUGUUUACAGAGUCUCCUAUUACAUAAACCUUAAACAGGACUUUAUGAUAAGUACGGAGGAGUAUUAGGGCCAAGUGAAGAGAAAAGAUUAAUAGAAGGUGGUGGUCAAGGGCGUAACUUUGUGUUGCAUAUUGGGGGGUUCCAGGUCGAUGGGAUCCAGGGUCAACACACUUCUAGGGGGGUCCAGGGACAUGUCACCCUGGGAGAUAAAAAUAAUAAUAAUAAUUGCUGUGAAAUGGUUAUUUCUGGUGAAUUUUGAAGGGGAAAUACAUCCACAACUUUCCUGAUAAUUUGGUCAAUAUAUUCCAACCACAACUAAAGUACCAAUAAUUUCAGUAUUACUUUAAACUGUUGGUCUAACUCUAUCAGUUCAGAAAGUAACCAGGCUUGGCAAUUUUUUUGUAGAACGACUAUGAGAAAGUCAGUUCUGGGGUGCUUCAGUUCGAUUGAACGUUUGCUACGUUGCAUAACGGGUGUACUGAACCACGUUUCCUCAAAAUAUUCUUCAACUUUCUUGAACAGGUAGCCUAUGUUUGCUCCGUUUGGUGGUGUGGCGGUGUGGCUUGAAGCAAUGAGUGACGUAUUUGAAGGGCAGCCGUGUGUUUUGAACCCACAACCCAACCUGUUUUUUUUUUUCAACUGGUCGUUCAGAACGGCACUGUUUCUGUUUAAUUUAACGUUACAUUACAUAUCUUUUUUUUUUACUGAACGCAGCUCUGGUGACUUUUCUACUCCAAAAUGUAUGAAAAUAAAAUGAGGGGAAUUUUCCCCUCCAAAAAUGUGCCUAACAACAUUAUUUAGCAAUAAGCAUUAUCACCUGUAGCCAAACUAAUGCAGCAUAGUGGCUAUAAAUAAAUAGGCUGAAGCAUGGGGUUGCCCAUCUGUAUUUGUGGUAAUCAUUCGCUAGAUCCGUGCUUUCUAAACUUUUUUUUGUCAUGGCCCCCUUUCAUCAUGCAGGAACAUCAUAUUAUUUACAUGGCAUUUAGUAACAAGGUUUCCACCGACAAAACCAACCUGUACUCAGGGGUAGACGUAACAUACUAAAUGUAAAUCCAGCCCACACCAAUUAGUUUGAUAUGUUAUGUUUCGUAUGGUAUGUAUUCAUUUGUGAAUCUCCAUCAUCCAUUUGGUAUGAUAUGUUACAAAUUGCAAUUCGUAUGAUAUGUUACGAAUUUCAAUUUGUUGUGGCUAGGGAUUAGGGUUAGGAAUGUUAGGAAUUAGGUUAAAGGUUUAGGGGAAGGGUUAGCUAACAUGCUAAGUAGUUGCAAAAUAGCUCAAAAGUAGUAAGUUGCUAAUUAGCUAAAAUGUUAGUUGUCCGUGAUGAGAUUCGAACGCCAAUCCAUCCUGACCAAUUUUGCCUUAAGUAACCUUCUGUCUUAUGUGACUAUACCAAACGUAACAUAUCAUACUAUUUUGAGUGUCCCGGAUUUCUAUGAGCUAUGUUACAUCUAGUCUAUGAAACCAGGCUGACAAAACAUACAGUAAUGGCUAAAGCAUCUAUGCAGCCAUUUAUUGCAAUACCAUAUGGUUUCAGUUUGUCAAAUGAGUCCAUAUGCCAUAUCGUGUUGGGACCUUUGGUCGUGUACUGCCGUCGGCGUCGUGCGCGCCUAAGCUUCACACCUUGAGGUUUGAGUGAUCAGCUUGAUUAUAGAUCUUUUGUAUAGUGUCUUGUGUUACUACAAAACCUCUCUGAAUUGCAUGAAGAUGCAACCAUCUGUAGCCUUGCAUUUAUCUAUUACUGUUGAUUUCACUUUGCACAAACGCCAAUAUCACAUCCAGAUCCGUGUGGUUCUUCCUUCUGAAAAGACCCAGUCUGUGACAAAACCUCUUCAUGGUCCUAAUACUUACAAUAAUAUGGUUAUUACGUGCUAAAAGAGCAAGAAUUUCCUUGUUACUAAAGCCAAUUCUAAAGUAUAGUUAGUUGUUCAUUAGUUAUAAUUAUUAUUAUAUAAUUCUUACAGACUGUGGCUUUAAUAAACUUUUUCACCUUCUUUCUUCUGAUAUUUGGUAAUGAUAUAUAUAUUUUUAUUUCAAACCUCCUUCAUAGGAUGUGUGCUGCUAAAAUGACAGAAGGGAGCUUGCAUGUGGAAUCCUGCAAGGCCCCUAUGUUUUACAGACAAGCUGAACCGGCUACAGGUGAAGUCCAUCUGUCUGUCCUACUUCUGCACGGCAUCCGUUUCUCAUCUGAGAACUGGCUCAAUAUAGGAACACUGGAGACAUUGGCCAAAGCUGGCUAUCGUGCAGUGGCCAUCGACCUACCAGGUGAGCUUCAGUUGUGAAUAGUAGUAAGUGAGAAUGUAUUACUUAAUUCAUCUCUGACCUGUAACUCCACCUCUCUCUUCCUCUCCCCACCCCCAGGUCUUGGCCAGUCUAAGUCAGCAGUGGCCCCCUCUGCUGUUGGAGAGCUGGCCCCUGGUGGGUUCCUGAAGCAGGUGUGUGAGGCACUGGGGAUGGGGCCAGUGGUGGUGGUCAGUCCCUCCCUGAGUGGCAUGUACUCCCUGCCCUUUCUCUUCCAGCACGAGGCUCUGGUACGGGCUUACAUCCCUGUGGCUCCCAUCUGCACUGAGAAGUUCACAGCAGAGCAGUAUAGCAGCAUACAGGUGUGUGUGUUGAGGGAUUUUAGCUCUCUGCUCUUUCUUUUCUCCUCUGUGGUUGGUUUCUCCUCUGUGGUUGGUUUCUCUUCUGUGGUUGGUUUCUCUUCUGUGGUUGGUUUCUCUUCUGUGGUUGGUUUCUAUUCUGUGGUUGGUUUCUCCUCUGUGGUUGGUUUCUAUUCUGUGGUUGGUUUCUCCUCUGUGGUUGGUUUCUCUUCUGUGGUUGGUUGCAAACACUGAUUUUGCACCUAUGAAACAUGCCUUGUGUUUGGGUGCUCUGUUUGACUUUGGUCAGGAUUCAAUCCGAACGCGGGUUGUAGACAAUGCAGCUUUUAAAGGCAAUAUCCGAUUGAGCUGACAUAUGCAGCGUUUACCGUGCAUGCGAUAUCUGCGAACGCGGAAACAUUGCCUGUAAAAUCUGCAUUGUCUACAACCUGUGCUCAGAUUGAAUCCCGGCAUUGUAUGUGAUAUUGGGUAACAUUUGAACUAGCCACCUCCACUUUCAUUCCAGACUCCAUCUCUGAUUGUCUAUGGAGACCAGGAUGCUCAGCUUGGAGAGGUUUCUCUGAACAACCUGAGAAGCCUGGCCAAUCACAAGGUUGUGGUGAUGAAAGGAGCAGGACAUCCGUGCUAUCUGGACGACCCAGCAACGUGGCACAGAGCUCUCAUUGACUUUCUCAAUGCGUUGUGAUGUUGUUCAGUGUCAUUGAGAUAUCGGUCCAUGGAUGCAACACUAUACGACCAACAAUACCUAUUCAAACAUUCCAACAUUUCAUUAUAUAAAAAAUCUAUACUGUAUGUUGUUUGUUAUUUGUCAAAAGCUAGUAUAGAAGUUUUUAUAUCAAAGACUAACUUGUGAUGUUUUGGGGACAUGUAACUGUGGUUCAGUACAACCCAUUAUGCACUGAUGACAUACUGUACCUGUACUGUGUGUUUGUGGCCUAUUCUAAUAAAAUUGGUCAUUUAGCAGACACUCUU